AUGGGUCAAGGCGGAACCAUCGACCUAAUCAAUGGCACUCCACACCCGUGGACCCUCAGCAGCCAGAGCUCGUAUCAAAUGAAGGCGUGGUCCUUCCCCUCGACCGUUGCAUCUGGUGCCUCCAUCCCUGUAUAUGUCGAAUGGGACCAGGACCCUGGAAAGGACCAGAGGGAUGACGGCGGUGAAGCCGUGUAUGCCAUGGCUGGAAGCUCAGCCACUUUCCAGGUCCAAGCUAGAAACACCGACGGUUUCAACCUCGAGGUUUACCUUGAGGCUGUUGAGACCGAGAACAACCCCGUGGGGAGCACCAUCAGCCUUGGCUGGAACCACAACAACGCUGUCAACCUGGUCUUGGGCGGCGACGAUGGGGCCUUUACCUCGAACAACCCGUCUGUCGACUGGAUGCACCAGAACCUGGCAACUCUUGGCGACCGCAAGCUGCGCCAGAUCUGUAUGCCGGGCUCGCAUGAUGCCGGCAUGAGCGAGUUCAACGCACACACUGGCUUGGUCAGGGACACAAAUACUCUGACCCAGAAGUUCAGCAUCGCCGACCAACUGGCCGCCGGUUCCCGCUGGUUCGACAUCCGUCCUGUCAUCAGCUCCGGGAAAUUCUAUGCCGGUCACUACUCCGACACGAAGAUCGUUGGCUGGCAGGGAGCAAACGGGCAAUCGUUGAGCGACAUGAUCGACAACAUCAACUCCUUCACCGCCAAGUAUGAUGAAUUGAUCAUUCUAGACAUCUCGCACACGAUCGACACGGACAACGAUUACGCAGACCUGUCUCAGGAUCAAUGGAACACUCUCUUUACCCAGCUCCAAACCAUCAACCAUCGCUUCAACACAACCGGGGUCUCGACUUCAGAGGACUUGUCACAGCGGACGCUCAACCAGUUCAUCGGCAGCGACCCAUGUGUCCUGAUUGUUGCCGAGCUUCCCAGCGGCAUCACCCUUGGAAACUACUUUGCCCAGGGAAUAGUCGCAAGCUCGCCCAACUUUCCAUUCUACAACGAAUAUUCAAAUACGGAUGAGUUGGACACCAUGGCUUCAGAUCAGCUCUCAAAACUCUCCAGCAAACGCACGAAGCCUGAUGACGGUUUCUUUUUGCUGUCUUGGACAUUAACGGAAGACGUCGUCGAUACCAUCUGGGGCAGCAUUCCCAUUCCAGGAGACUUGAACUCGAUCCUGGAGCUUGCUGGUAAAGCAUAUCAGCCGCUUUUCGAGCAUUUUGAUAAUUUCACCUCCCAAAGCUACCCCAACGUCCUGUACAUGGAUCUCUUUGGAACCUUUGAUCAGGAUGCAUCGGCCCCGUCCACUGAAAUCGCGGCCUUGGCACUCGCAGUCAACGGCAUUGCGGGUCGCACUUAA